UGCGAGCGAGCAACAUCAUAGUUUUGUCCGCCCUCUCCAUUAAUGAAAAUUUGUAAAGGUCCAUUUAAUCGAACGAAGUUUCUCUUUCUCGUCUCCAAACCCUACUGUGGAAUAAGAUUUAUCCAGUUCAUUCCUCUGAUUUGCAAGUAGUGAAUUCGCGGGUGAAGUCGGUGUGCUGAUUCGAAGGGAAGUGCAGUUGAGCUGCAGUAUAACAAAAGACUACUGAAAAAUUGCUGUUACUUCUGAUAUCGGGGUAUUUAGGAUGAAUUCUUUAUCCUUGUCCACAUCAUUUACUGGAGAGGGUUGCAGCUUUGUGUCUGGUUCGUACAUUCAUGUUAGAAAAGAUAUUUUCGGAGUUGAGCUGUACCUAAAUCCAUCAAAUGGAGUAAAUGGAGCUUGGUUGAGGCAUCUCCCACAAUCACGCUACAAAAGCAGGUGCAAAUUCAGCGUUAGUGCUAAGGUUAAAAAGGGACAGAAGCACGAUUAUCCAUGGCCAGAUGAUAUUGAUCCAAAUCUAGAAAGUGGACACUUGAGAUAUUUGUCUCAUUUUAAACCUCUAUUAGAGAAGCCUAAGCCGGUUACACUUGAAUUUGAGAAGCCGUUGGUUGAGCUGGAAAAGAAAAUAACUGACGUGCGCAGAAUGGCAGAUGAUACUGGGCUGGAUUUCAGCGAUCAAAUUAAUUUACUGGAAAGGAAGUACCAAGAGGCUCUAAAAGAUCUAUACACCCAUUUGACUCCAAUUCAACGUCUUAAUAUUGCCCGGCAUCCAAAUAGGCCAACAUUUCUGGAUCAUGUUUUGAACAUAACAGAGAAAUGGGUGGAACUUCAUGGUGAUCGUGCAGGGUAUGACGAUCCGGCUAUUGUCACUGGUCUUGGAAGUAUAGAUGGAAAAACUUAUAUGUUUAUUGGUCAUCAAAAGGGAAGGAAUACAAAAGAAAACAUUCAUAGGAAUUUUGGAAUGCCAACUCCGCAUGGAUACCGGAAGGCUUUGCGCAUGAUGAAUUAUGCUGAUCACCAUGGAUUUCCCAUUCUCACAUUUAUAGAUACGCCUGGUGCCUUUGCUGAUCUCAAGUCCGAAGAAAUUGGUCAAGGUGAAGCAAUAGCUUACAACCUGAGAGCUAUGUUCGGGCUGAAGGUCCCAAUAGUAACGGUUGUUAUUGGUGAAGGUGGAUCUGGUGGAGCUCUUGCAAUUGGUUGCUCAAAUAAACUGUUUAUGUUAGAAAAUGCAGUCUUUUAUGUUGCAAGCCCUGAAGCAUGCGCAGCAAUUUUAUGGAAAACUUCCAAAGCAGCUGCAAAGGCAGCUGAAAAACUCAAGAUCACAGCCACAGAACUUUGUAAGCUCAAAAUUGCAGAUGGGAUUAUUCCGGAACCCCUUGGUGGUGCGCACACUGAUCCGACAUGGACAUCACAACAAAUAAAGGUUGCAGUUACGAUGGCCAUGAAGGAACUUAAUGAAAUGGACACUGAUACUCUACUUAGCCAUCGCCAUUUAAAAUUCCGCCAACUUGGUGGAUUCCUAGAAGGAUCCAUUGUAGAACCCGAGAUGAAGCGUAACAUGAAGAAGAAGGAGCUUGACGUUUCCAAAAUAACAGCCAACCUGGAAGCAGAACUUGAAAAGCUGAAGGUAGAAUUAGACGCCAAGGAGAAAUCCCGGCCUAGACCUGCUUUCUCUGAUGAGGAUGUGGAGACGGUGAAGCAAGAAGUCGACAAGGAGAUAACCAAUGCCUUCAUUUCCAUGGGCUUACAGGAGAAACUUGAAGCUCUCAAGAUGGAUUUAUCCAAAGCACCCUCUGAUCAGAAUCUCAGCCCAGCUCUCAAGGACAGGAUAGACAGACUUGCUCAGGAAUUUAAGAACAACUUAUCUGCACCUGGAUCAUUUGAUGGGCUAAAACAGAAGCUUAAAAUGUUAUCAGAGAUAAGAACCCUACAGGAACAGAAGACAAAGGGAGAGAUACUCAAGAAGGAGAUCAAUGAAAAACUCAAAAAACAGGCUGAAGUGAAGAUGGAGUUAGUGAAAAAGGCUCGUGAUUUGGUGGGAAAGGGAGAGGAGGUGGAUGAGGAUACACUAAAAGAGGUGAGCAAGGCUAAGGAUGAUUUAAUAGAAAUGCUGAAAUCUGCAAACUUUGAAGUGUUGGGAGUGAGCAGUAAGAUAGCUCCUUCAGCCCCUCCAGUUUUAGUAGAGAAGGUAGCGAAAGCUAAUGAAGUGAUCUUCAAGGAAAUAGAGCAGGUAGUUGACAUGGCUGGUUUGAGAGGAAAGUUAGCUGAGCUGAGAUCAGAGAUUGACAAGGGGACAAGCAAAGAUCUGAAUAAAAUAGAGAGCUUGAUAAAAGAGAUAAAGGAAGGUGUGUUUACAUCACUAGAUGCAGAGGAAUUGGAAAAGAAGGUUAAAAGCGCAGUUGGUUUGCAAGCAGCUCCUGAAGCAGUUGGUGCCAGUGCUGACAAGAAAUAGGUUUUUCAGUAAUUUGUUUCUUUGUUUUAUGAAUAUUAUUAGAUUAGAUUUAGCUUUCUUUGCCUCGAACCUCGAUUAAUUAUUCUGUGCGGUCAUCGAACGAUAUCCAGAGACGAAUGAGAACACGCCAUGUUGUUUUUUUGCUGUGUACAGUGCGGUACCGAGUGAUGUGGCGUGUUUUGAUUCGCCUCUGGACCGUUUGGUGACCGCACAGAAUAAUUUCUCUCCGACCUCAGUUUCACUUUCA